AUGUCUUUCCCUCCUCACUUGAAUCGACCUCCUAUGAGAAUUCCAGCUCUCCCACCAGGGGUCCAACUCCCACAGUUUCCUGGAUUUCCUCUACCUGUGCCUCCAGUGACACCAAUGAGCUUUAUGACUCCUGCACCAACUGUUUUAGUACCUACUGUCUCCAUGGUUGGAAAGCAUUUGGGAGCCAGAAAAGAUCAUCCAGGCCUAGAAAACAAAGAGAAUGAUGGAAACAGUGGCCCCACAACUACAGUUUUUGUUGGCAACAUUUCUGAGAAAGCCUCUGACACCUUCAUUAGACAGCUCCUAGCUAAAUGUGGUUUAGUUUUGAGCUGGAAGAGAGUUCAAAGUGAAUCUGGAAAACUUCAAGUCUUUGGGUUCUGUGAAUAUAAAGAGCCUGAAUCUACCCUCUGUGCCCUUCGGUUAUUGCAUGAUCUUCAGAUUGGAGAGAAGAAGCUCCUAGUUAAAGUUGGUGAGAAGACUAAGGCACAGUUAGAUGAGUGGAAAGUGAAGAGGAAAGCGUCCAAUGGGAAUGCCAAGUCAGAGUCUACAAAUGAUGAUGAUGAAGCCUUAGAUGAAGAAACAAAAAGAAGAGAUCAGAUCAUUAAAGGGGCCAUUGAAGUGUUAAUACAGGAAUACUUCAGUGAGCUCAAUGCCUCCUCCCAGAAAUAUGACUCUCACCCAAAGAAGAAAAAGGGAAAGAAGGAGGAUAUUUUCUGCAGAUUUCCAGUGGCCCCACUGAUCCCUUAUCCACUCAUUACCAAGGAAGACAUAAACGCUAUAGAAAUGGAAGAAGACAAAAGAGAUCUGUUAUCACGAGAGAUUAAUAAAUACAGAGACACACACAAGAAACUGGGAGAAGAGAAAAGCAAAAAGGAAAAAGAGAGACAGGAAACUGAGAAAGAACAGAGAGAAAGACAGAGUCCAGAAUGGAAACAAGAAAGGGAAAGAGAACGUGAACGAAAAGCGGAGAAAGAACACGAGUGGAAACGAGAGCCAAAUAGGGACCCGGAUCGAACAAAGGAGAGAGAUCGUGAGGCACACGGAGAAAGCGAAAGGAGCUCAAACCAAAAUAAAUAUCGAAGUAAAUCAAGAGAGAAGCACAAAGAUCGUGAAUGGCAACAGGAGCAAGAGAGGGAAAGGGAACGAGAGAGAAAGAAAAAGGAAAGAGAUCGACAAGAAGAUGCUUAUCAACGGAGAAAGUUGGAGAGAAAAUUACGAGAGAAGGAAGCUGCUUAUCAAAAGCGACUUAAGAACUGGGAGAUCAGAGAACGAAAGAAAACUAGAGAAUAUGAGAAAGAAGCUGGAAGAGAAGAAGAGAGACGAAGAGAAAUGACAGAAGAAGCCAAACUGCUAAAAGAAUUCUUGGAAGAUUAUGAUGAUGACAGAGAUAAUCCGAAAUAUUACAGGGUUUCAUCUGUUAGUGGCAAUGUAAUCCCCCAUACUCCUGGGAAUGAAUCUCCCUAUAGUAUUAUCAUUCUCCAUGAAAACUCACCUGAUCAACAGCAACCUGAGAAACACAAGCUCCAAAGAGGAUUAAAUCUUAAGUUAGGUGUAGGUGUUUUGGAUAGUUCUGGCCAACCUAAUGCUGUAAAGAGGAAGAAGCUCCCUGUGGGUAGUGUCUUCAACAAAUUUGAGGAUGAAGACAGUGAUGCUGUGCCCCAGGAAAAAUUGGUUCCCUUAGAUUACGGUGAAGAUGAUAAAAAUUGCACCAAAGGCACUGUUAAUACAGAAGAAAAACAUGAACGUAUUAAAAGUCUGAUUGAGAAAAUCCCAAGAGCUAAAUCUGAGCUCUUUGCGUAUCCCCUGGAUUGGUCUAUUGUAGAUUCUACAUUGAUGAAACAUCAAAUUAGACCAUGGAUUAAUAAGAAAAUUAUAGAAUAUGUAGGUGAAGAAGAAGCUGUGUUAGUUGAUUUUGUUUGUUCUAAGGUUAUGGCCCAUAGUUCACCACAAAGUAUAUUAGAUGAUGUUGCUAUAGUACUAGAUGAAGAAGCAGAAGGUUUUAUAGUCAAAAUGUGGAGAUUAUUGAUAUAUGAAACGGAAGCCAAGAAAAUUGGUCUUGUGAAGUAA